AUGCCACCGCGCAGCCGCGGAUCGUCGGCCUUCCGCGGUGUCCGAGCGCGUCCUAAUGGGACAUUCUACGCAGAGAUUCGCGCCGGCGGCUUCCGCGUCACUCUCGACACCUUCACCACGCCGGAGCUGGCGGCGCGCGCCUACGACGCGGCCGCGUGGCGAUUCCGGCGGCUGCGACGCGACCUCAACUUCCAGGACGUCAAGUCGCUGGAGGAGGCCGAGUUUCUGGCACCCGCGCCGCGCCUCGUCACCGAGGAGGACCGCCACCGCCAGGCGCAGCGCCGCAUCGCCAUCGCCGAGCGCGGCGAGGAGGUGAUGCGCCAGUGGAGGGAGCAGUUCCCUAGCGACGUCGAUAACAUGGAGGCGUUUUUCACGGACCUCAGGCGCAGCGUAGGUCCGCUAGGCGCCGUCGUCGCGUCAUCGCCGAGUUCGAGCUCGAGAACCUGA